UGUGUUAGUGACGACACUUCCCCCUUUUCCCAGGAAUCCUUAAAAGUUUUGCCCCUAUCUCGGCGUCGGGACAAAGAGAAGGAAACCUGUUUUUGUUUCUCCCCUUUAUCUCGCAUUUUCCAUCUGUGAAACUAAACUCCAACAUGUCGCCACCGUCUCGGCGGCUUCAGACGAAGCCAGUGAUUACCUGCCUGAAGACUUUCCUCAUCUCCUACAGCCUCAUUUUCUGGUUCACAGGUGUGAUCCUGCUGGCUGUUGGGGUCUGGGGGAAGGUCAGCUUGGAGGCCUACUUCACCCUCAUCUCCGAGAAGGGCACCAACGCACCAUAUGUCCUGAUUGGGACCGGAGCCAUCAUUGUUAUUUUUGGACUGUUUGGCUGCUUCGCCACAUGCCGAGGAAGUCCAUGGAUGCUCAAACUGUAUGCUAUGUUUCUGACUCUGGUCUUCCUGGCUGAGCUGGUUGCCGGGGUUUCAGGUUUCAUCUUCAGACAUGAGAUCAAGACUAAAAUCGGCAUUGCCUAUAACAGCGCAGUGACGUCGUACAGCGGCACAGACGACAAGAGCGCCGCAGUCGACGACCUCCAGAGAAAGCUGCAUUGCUGCGGCAAGCAGAAUUUCACGGACUGGAAAAACACCAGUUACUUUAAGGAGAACGGGAUCCCUGUUAGCUGCUGUAAAACCGACAAAUGUUCUCCGGAGACCCUGAAGGACCUGGACAAGGCUCAGACAGAAGUAUACACUACGGGCUGCUUUUCACUGGUGACCAACAUGCUGGAAGCCAACCUAGGAGUUAUUGCCGGGGUCUCUUUUGGGAUUGCUUUCUUCCAGCUCAUCGGGAUCUUCCUGGCCUGCUGCUUGUCUCGCUACAUAACAAACAACCAGUAUGAGAUGGUCUAACCUUUCAAAGGCGGAUGUUGGGCAGCUCCACAUGCAAACUGAGCUCAGAUUUUAAUGUUAUAUAUGUGUUAGCGUCAUUUUAGGGAGCACAACUGAGCUUCUACUUUUACUCUCUCGCCGAGCAGAAAGGGAAUACGGUAAAGGGACAACAUCUGCGGUGCUGUUACACUCAAACAAAGGCUCCUACAUAUUUCAAAGAUUUGUUGCUCACUGAUUUCAUAAGGGAUUUUCUUUAAGUAUAGUUGUUACUAUGUAGUUAUGAUUUCAUUUAAGUUAACUUGUCAGUAUUUGUGUCUCCUGUCUUGCAGCUGCCUUAGUUGUCGUUAAUAAGCUUUAUGUAGUGUAAAGAAAACCUUCCAACACCAUUUGUGUGUUUAUAUGUGAAACUAAUGGGAGCCAAAGAGCUGGACGAGAGGUCGUUGCUCUGUGAUGGAUGAGUUAGAAAGAAACUAGCCUUAAAUGGUCUGUGGGCCAAUUUUUGAUGAAAACCAUGAUGUGCCAAUUCCUGUAGCUCAGAUGACUCCAUUUCACAGUCUUCAGUGUUAGUGUUUUUCUUUGGUGGAUGCAUGUAAAAAAAUAAAGAUGAAAUCUUUGAGCGUU